AAAUAUACUCUACUUAAAGUGCAAAUCUGACAAGCAGUGGGUGAAGCAAGCAAGAACACACAAGAAAGAAUUAUUCUUUUCUCAGCUUGCAAGAAGACUGUUUUACAGAGGCCAUCAAAUUUCUCUACUUUCAUAUUGUGUACAAGAUUAGAAGUUUUCUUGCUCAUACUCUCCAGUCUCCAGCAUGAGAAGGGGCACACACACACACAUGUUCUUGUGGGAGGCUCGUGAUUUCUUAGCCUAAAAACGAAAAAAAAAAAGAAGAAGAAAUGGUGAUUUAAUUUCAAGAUUCUUGAUUUUCUGUGUCAAUAGCCUUUGGGUUCAAGUGAAUAUGAUGAGGGCUUUUGUGUUCUUGGCUUCUUGUUUGUGGGUUGCUCUGAAAGCCACUGGCCAGACAGGAAAUCACAGUUCUGUAGUUGAUGGGCCAAAAGUGAUAAAUAUUGGAGCUUUAUUCACAUCAGAUUCUGCCAUUGGGAGGUCUGUUGGGCCUGCAAUUCUUGCUGCAGUUGAUGAUGUCAAUUCUGAUAAUGGCAUUUUGAAGGGCACAAAGCUUAAUCUUAUAGUGCAGGACACUAAUUGCAGUGGGUUCCUUGGAAUAGUUGAUGUUAACUACCCGAAAGUAAGAAAAACGACGAAAAAUCUUGACAGGUCCUCCUUACUUUGUGUAGCUAUGAAACUAAUGGGGCAAGAAAUCGUGGCUGCCCUCGGCCCACAGUCCUCAGGGAUAGCACACGUAAUUUCUCACAUAUUAGACGAGCUUCACGUGCCCCUAUUGUCUUUCGGAGCCACGGACCCCACUCUCUCAGCCCUUCAGUACCCUUACUUUCUCCGCACGACCAUAAGUGACUAUUUCCAGAUGCGUGCAGUCGCUGACAUCAUCGAUUACUUCGGUUGGCGGGAAAUAGUCGCCGUUUUCGUAGAUGAUGAUUACGGAAGGAACGGAGUUUCCGCAUUGGGAGAUGCCCUUGCGGCAAAACGGGCCAAAAUCUCUUACAAGGCAGCUUUAAUGCCCGGAGCUCCACUAAGUGACAUUGACAACUUGCUGGUCAAAGUCAACCUCUUGUCUUCCCGUGUUUUUGUUGUACAUGUGAAUCCCGAUUCUGGUCUGAACGUGUUCUCUGUCGCGAAAAGGCUCGGGAUGAUGAGUGCCGGUUAUGUCUGGAUAGCUACAGAUUGGCUUCCAGCAGUUCUCGAUUCAGUUGAUCGGGAAAAAGCUGAUCUAGUCGAAGGGGUUCUUGCUCUUAAGCAUUAUUCUCCCGAUUCAGAUCGAAAGGCUCGUUUUACAAACCAGUCGGGGAUUUUUAACUCGUAUGCUCUCUACGCUUAUGACUCGGUUUGGUUAUUAGCCCGUGCGCUCGAUUCUUUUCUGAAAAGCGGCGAAAAGAUAACGUUUUCUGACGACUUGAGCUUGCGUGACGCCAAUGUAAGCCUUCGGGUGUUUGACCAAGGUCAAACCUUGCUCGAGAUUCUAAAGGAAACGAACUUCACUGGCCUUAGCGGCGAAAUUCGGUUCGACAAUGAGAAGAAUUUAGUUCGUCCGGCGUUUGAGGUUUUGAACUUUGGGGGGACGGGUUUUCGGAGGCUCGGCUACUGGACGAAUGACUCGGGUCUGUCAGAGAAUUUAUAUCCGAAGCUGAGAAAUACUUCUGCAAGUAGACAGAGACUUUAUAGCGUUAUAUGGCCGGGAGAGACCACAGCAAAGCCUAAGGGAUGGGUUUUUCCGAAUAACGGUAAGCCUUUGAAGAUAGCGGUGCCUUAUAGAGUUACUUAUCCGGAUUUCGUUACGAAGGAUAAAGGGCCGUUGGGGGCGAGAGGGUAUUGUAUUGACGUGUUUGAAGCUGCUGUUGCUUUGUUGCCUUAUCCGGUGCCUCACGAGUAUGUGUUGUUUGGAGAUGGUCAGCGAAAUCCAUCGUUCGAUAAUCUUGUGAAUGGCGUUGCACAAAAUAAAUAUGAUGCUGCUGUUGGGGAUGUGACUAUUACUACAAACAGAACAAGGAUUGUGGACUUUACUCAACCGUACCUUGAAUCUGGUCUUGUUGUUGUGGCCCCCGUCAGGCAGGUUAAAUCGAGCCCUUGGGCUUUCCUCAAGCCAUUCACCUGGCAAAUGUGGGCAGUGACAGGUGUCUUCUUCCUAUUUGUUGGAGUUGUUGUUUGGAUUCUUGAGCAUCGGCUCAACACAGAGUUCCGUGGUUCUCCACGUCAGCAACUCGUGACCGUUCAGCUUCUCAACAAUGUUCUUCUCUCACAGUAAGAAAAACUUACAAAACUUACAAAAAAUCCAAGCUUUUGAGCUUAUUAAAACUUGAUAGCUAAUAACAUACAUCCAAAAUGGUCCCCUUUUUUGUAGGAGAAAACACUGUCAGCACACUUGGACGUGCGGUGCUAAUCUUUUGGCUUUUCGUAGUUUUAAUCAUCAACUCGAGCUACACGGCUAGUUUGACUUCAAUCCUCACCGUACAACAGCUCUUCUCAAGAAUUCAAGGAAUAGACUCUUUAAUCUCGAGUUCCGACCCAAUAGGCAUCCAGGACGGCUCGUUCGCAUAUAGGUAUCUUAUUAACGAGCUAAACAUAGCCAAAUCAAGGCUCCGCAUUCUGAAAACUCAAGAAGAAUACAUUGAUGCCUUAGAACGAGGCCCGGAUGGCGGUGGUGUAGCCGCCAUUGUAGACGAGCUUCCUUAUGUCGAGCUUUUCCUUUCCAACACAAAGUGCACUUUCAGUAUCGUCGGGCGUGAGUUCACCAAAAGCGGAUGGGGAUUCGCAUUCCAAAGGGACUCUCCCUUGGCAGUAGACAUGUCGACUGCUAUUCUCCAACUAUCCGAAACUGGGGAGCUUCAGAGAAUUCACGACAAGUGGCUCUCGAGCAAUGGGUGCUCGGCUCAGGCGAACCCGGUUGAUGAAAACCAGCUCUCGCUCAAGAGCUUUUGGGGCCUUUUCCUUUUGUGUGGGGUUGCAUGCUUUCUUGCCUUGACAAUCUUCUUCUGCAGGGUUUGUUUGCAGUACAGCAAAUACAGUGCCGAGGAUGAUGAGCGGGCUGAGCCAGCCCUUUCGAGUAGGCGGGCCCCACGAGCCACGAGCUUUAAGGAUAUGAUUGAUUUUGUGGAUAGGAAAGAGGCUGAGAUUAAGGAGAUGCUGAGGAGAAAGAGUGGGGGGGAGUCCAGGAGAGGUCAAAGUCAAAGCCAGAGUCAAGUGUCUGAAGGGCCGGCAGAGCAGUUGAGUUGAGUUGAUGACAUCAUCGUGUACGUGUGGCGAGAUUGACGAGGCAUUGAUGACAUCAUCGUCCUCAAUGCAGGGCAUGAAUGUCUUGAGUUGAGAGGUUUGGUGCAUUUUUUUUUUUUUUCUUUUCUUUUAAUACUUGCAAGAAAUUGUAUGAAUGUAGUUAGUAAUAUACGACAGCCCUUGUAACGAAUGCGCGAGGUGCUUAGAAGUAGCUAAUCGUGCGAGUUGUUUGGAACGUUACUUGAGAAGAACUCGGUACUGAAUUGAAGUAUAGAUAUAACUUAAUUCUUUAUAUGAGUUUGUAUCGAUUUUCUGAUCUUCUUCAUGUUGCUAACUGUGGGAAAUUCGUGCUUGCUCUCGAUCAACAGAUUCCAUGUAGGAAGAAGAGUGUGUCUGUGUGUGACUCAACUUGAAUCAGUUAUUUUAUGUUCAGCUUGUGCAUAGUACAAUGAGAAGGAGAAAUGUGGUGGAUUAUUAAUUGCAUCUUUUCAUAUUGAUAUUAUGUAAUCUGGAUGAUGAUGAAUUAACUGUUUUUUAUGUUUACAAUUAUGCUAAAGGAAUUUGUAUUUGUCACACAGGUACUGUUAAUCAGUUUUUUAAGGAACAAAUAUAAGAAAAGGAAAAGGAAAAAGGAUAAAAUGUACAAAGGAGGAUAUGAA